AUGUCAUACACGCAGUUUGGCUACUCCUAUUCAGCAGCUCCUCAGCUCCUGUGGUCCUCCAACGCUUUGGGUGCAUGCUAUGAGUCUGGCAGCGGCUCUUCAUUAGACGCUGGAGUAGUAGCCUCCACCCAGAGCUCUCUUUACUGUCCGAUGUACGAGAGGAGGCUGGUGGCCUCCGCAAGGCAUGACCUGAACUCUACUUAUGGGAAAAACCACAGCUAUGGGACUUACAGUUCAUACGGGACGGAUUCGACUUCUCUCUAUUCUCUGGGCAAGCUUGGUGAGAAAGAUGGAACAGGAUCAGCACAUGGAAGGGUCACUCAAGGGCCAUCUUACUACCCAUGUGAUCAUCCAUUUGGACAAUACCAGUAUGAAGGAUAUGGGUACGGAUCUAUGGAUGUUAGUACAAGAAGGAAAAAUGCCACCAGAGAGACCACCAGCACCCUGAAGGCGUGGCUACAGGAGCACAAGAAGAACCCGUACCCCACCAAGGGCGAGAAGAUUAUGCUGGCCAUUAUCACCAAAAUGACCCUCACGCAGGUGUCCACCUGGUUUGCCAAUGCCAGGAGGAGGCUCAAGAAGGAGAACAAAAUGACUUGGUCCCCACGCAACAAAACCUCAGACGAGAAAGGCUGCGAUGAAGACAGCGACGAUGUUGAGGGGUUGCAGGAGGAGAACAUCAAAUCUGAGAAAGAGUCUGAUGACAACCCAAGAGCAGAUGAUGCAGAUUUGCCACAAAGCGACUUGGAAGAUUUGGACCUAACGGAAUCCGACAGCUCUGAGUGCGAGCCUAAAGCGUCGUUUACUGUGAGCACUCAUCCAGGCUCACAGGACUGCACGGGUCAUCGCUUCAGAGAGCCUCUCUUACACAUCUCUCUUCCAGAGACGCCUGGUUUCGAUAAAGCCUGCUUAGGAUCGACGGCUGAUGGCAGCCACCCUGCAAAGGCUUUCUACCUUCGACAAGAAGGACAGACGCCUGAGACCAAGCCCAAAAUCUGGUCGCUAGCACAGACUGCCACUUCUUUAAACAACGCUGACUACCCGUCAUGCAUGCACAAAGGUCUAGGCGUGAGGUCAUCCUCUGCCGAGUGCCAUUUAGACUCAGACUUGGCAGAAAGCCAGCAGGACUCUGCAGUGUCCAGUCUCAGAAACUGGAUAGACGGCGUCUUCCAGGAUCCCUUGUACUCGCAAAGCAACUUAAACCAAACAUUCUCCAGCUCUUCUGGACUAUGGGUGGGCUCCAGCAGCUGCCCAACAUCAGAGAACACUGUUCAUGGACUGCAAGAGCCAGUUACCUCUACCCAGCUUACAUAA